AUGAUUUUGCUGAGCUGCUUCCAGCACCUGCGGCCCCGGCGCUGCAGCCCCUUGGCCGGGCUGGGCAGGGGGCUCGGCCCCACAGCGGGGUCCCGCAGGGCUCUGCGGGUGCUGGUGGACAUGGACGGGGUUCUGGCUGACUUCGAGGGAGGCUUCCUCAAGAAAUUCAGGGCCAGGUACCCCGACAAGCCCUACAUUGCCCUGGAGGACCGGAGGGGCUUCUGGGUGUCGGAGCAGUACGGGCGCCUGGGACCCGAGCUGAGUGAGAAAGCCAUCAGCAUCUGGGAAUCCAAGAACUUCUUCAUCGAGCUGGAUCCUCUCCCUGGAGCUGUGGAAGCUGUGAAGCAAAUGGCAAAUUUGGCAGACACUGAUGUGUUCAUCUGCACGAGUCCCAUCAAGAAGUACCGGUACUGCCCCUACGAGAAGUAUGCCUGGGUGGAGAAGCACUUUGGCCCUGAAUUUCUUGAGCAGAUUGUUUUGACACGAGAUAAGACGGUGGUUUCUGCUGAUCUGCUUAUAGAUGACAGACCUGAUAUAACAGGAGCAGAGCAGAACCCCACGUGGGAGCACGUGCUCUUCACAGCCUGCCACAACAAACACCUGCAGCUGAAGCCCCCCAGCCGCCGGCUGCACUCCUGGUCUGACGACUGGAAAGCCAUCCUGGACAGCAAACGCCUCCCCCGUGGCCAGGCCACCUAAACACCAGCCCCCAGGGCCACCUGGGGCUGCAGCACUUGCCUGUGUCUGUGUGAGCCCUGCUGAAGGCCAGAACCACGGAUG